UACAAAACGAUAACCACGCUAUUGUCAUUAAUCCUGAUAAAACACCAGCUGGAGAGCAUAUUCGUAGAUUUAAUGCACCUGUUGUUGACGACGUUGCGGGAAUCAUGGUUGGCGAUUGUACAGGUGCACGAGAAAUUGUGGUUCGUAGAAGGAGUAAUAAUCUUCAGUUCAUUGCUGAUACACAUCGUUCAUAUGAUGCUCUCCAAUAUCCGCUAAUGUUCUGGAAGGGACAAGACGGAUACUGCAUAAAUAUCAAACAACGCGAUCCCGUAUCAGGAGCCGAAACAAACAAGAACGUUAGCUCGAAAGAUUAUUAUGCGUACCGAUUGAUGAUUCGACGCGGCCGGGACAACGUCAUUCUACGAUGUCGCGAGCUUUGUCAACAAUUCAUGGUCGACAUGUACGCCAAGAUAGAAGGCGAACGACUACGAUACUUACGAUAUAAUCAACUUAAGCUGCGUGCGGAAGAGUACAUUCACUUGCGGGACGCUAUUAACAACAACGCUGACGCUGCCGAAAUUGGUAACUCUGUCAUUCUACCAUCAUCGUAUGUGGGCAGUCCACGUCAUAUGCAAGAAUAUAUACAGGAUGCUCUGACUUUCGUGCGCGAAUAUGGACGACCGUGUUUAUUUAUCACGUUUACAUGUAAUCCAAAAUGGCCAGAGAUUGAAUCUUUGCUAUUGCCUGGCCAAAAUUCAAUCCAUCGUCAUGACGUUACAGCACGUGUGUUCAAACAAAAGUUGAAGUCUUUAAUAAGUUUCAUUACUAAAUUACAUGUAUUCGGCCGCACACGUUGCUGGCUGUAUUCAGUUGAGUGGCAAAAGCGAGGAUUACCUCAUGCUCACAUUUUGGUUUGGUUAAUCGAUAAAAUCCGUCCUGAAGAAAUCGAUAGUAUCAUUUCUGCAGAACUUCCAGAUCCGUCUACUGACCAACUGCUGUUUGAUAUUGUUACAGCGAACAUGAUUCAUGGUCCAUGCGGUACUCUUAAUCGUACAUCGCCUUGCAUGGCAGAUGGAAAAUGCACUAAAAAUUUCCCUAAAGAUUUCACGAACGAUACGAUCACAAAUGUCGACGGAUAUCCAAUAUAUCGUCGAAGAAGUCCCGAUAAUGGCGGACGAUCAUUUAUUAAAAACAUCAACAACACAGACAUUGACAUUGAUAAUCGUUGGGUGGUACCAUAUUCACCUCUGUUGAGCAAGACAUACAAUGCUCAUAUUAAUGUUGAGUUCUGCAGUUCUGUCAAGAGCAUUAAAUACAUUUGCAAGUAUGUCCAUAAAGGCAGUGAUAUGGCUGUGUUUAGAGUGGAAAAUACUAACGUGAAUGCUCAACCAGUGAAUAAAAACGAUGAAAUAACACUUUAUCAAAUUGGUCGGUACAUCAGCUCCAAUGAAGCUGCUUGGCGUAUCUUUGGUUUCCCGAUUCAUGAACGGGAUCCAGCAGUUGUUCAGUUAGCCGUCCAUCUCGAAAACGGCCAGCGUGUAUUUUUCACGAACGAGACAGCAAUUGAUCGUGCUGUAAAUCCACCUAAAACUACACUCACUGAAUUUUUCGAAUUGUGUAAUCGUGCGGAUGAUUUUGGUGCCUUUGCACGAACGUUACUCUAUUCACAAGUACCAUGCUAUUUCACAUGGGCUCAAACAAAAAAAUGGAUGCCCCGCAAGCAAGGCUCCCCAGUUGAUGCAUGUCCCAAUUUAUUUAAAUCAAACGCUCUGGGGCGAGUAUUUACAGUCAAUCCAAAGCAAACUGAAUGCUUUUAUCUUCGAUUGUUGUUGGUUAAUGUUACUGGCCCAUUGUCAUUUCAAGAUAUACGGAAAGUGAAUGGGCAACAGUAUUCAACGUAUAAAGAUGCGUGCCUUGCACUCGGCUUGCUGGAAGACGACAACCAGUGGGAAUGUAUGUUUGCUGAAGCAGCAUUAAAUUGUACAGCAAUACAAAUUCGUCUACUAUUCGCUAUAGUGUUAACUACAUGUUUUCCAGCUCGAGCACAGAUAUUGUGGAAUAAUCACAAAGAUUCAAUGACUGAUGAUAUAUUGCAUCAACAUCGUACACGAUGCAACGAUGUAACGAUAACGUUCAGCGACGCUAUGUACAAUGAAGCAUUGAUUGCUAUUGAAGAUCUCUGCAUUAUAAUUGCUAAUUUAUCACUCAGUCAUUUCGGUAUGAAUUCGCCAGAUCGAGCUGUAUCUGAUUUCAUGAACACGGAAAUGAAUCGUGAAAUGCAGUACAACACUGUAGAAAUGGCGGCGAUUGUUACUCGCAAUGUCCCAUUAAUGAAUGAGGAACAAAAAAUCAUUUACGACCGCAUUAUGCUCGCAGUUUCAGCAGGACAAGGUGGAUUCUUCUUUUUGGAUGCACCAGGUGGAACUGGAAAAACAUUCCUUAUUUCGCUAAUUCUUGCUGAAAUACGAUCAAAUAAUGGCAUCGCAUUGGCCGUUGCAUCGUCAGGCAUUGCUGCAACUUUAUUGGAUGGAGGCAGAACAGCUCAUUCAGUAUUUAAGCUGCCAUUAAAUAUUCAAAAUAACCCUGACGGAGUGUGCAACAUAAAAAAACAAUCGUCCAUGGCCACCGUGCUGAAACAAUGUAAAAUUAUCAUCUGGGAUGAAUGUACUAUGGCGCACAAACAUUCACUUGAGACGUUGAACAGGACGUUAAAAGAUAUCAAAAACAACGACAAACUAUUUGGCGGCACUCUGUUAGUCCUUUCAGGUGAUUUCAGGCAAACACUUCCCGUCAUUCCACGUUCAACAUACGCUGAUGAGAUUAAUGCUUGCUUAAAAUCAUCUACACUGUGGCGUAAUGUUGAAAAAGUACAGCUGAAAGUAAAUAUGCGCGUUCAAAUGCUUCAAGAUCCAUCCGCUGAAACAUUCUCAAAACAACUCCUAGAUAUCGGUGAUGGAAAAGUAACUAUAGAUGAGACUGGAUGCGUAAAAUUACCGACAGAUUUUUGCACAAUCGUUGACUCGCAAGACACUCUCAUUGAAAAAAUAUUUCCCGAUGUACACACACAGUACUUAAAUCAUGAGUGGCUUGCAGAAAGAGCAAUUUUAGCGGCAAAAAAUGUAGACGUUGACAAUUUGAAUCUGAAGAUACAACAGUUAUUGCCAGGGAACUUGGAAUCAUAUAAAUCUAUUGACACAGUUUGCGAUGCGAGCGAAACUGUAAAUUUUCCGACAGAGUUUUUGAACUCACUGGAUUUGCCAGGUGUGCCACCGCAUAAUUUACAAUUAAAGGUUGGAUCUCCGAUUAUCAUGCUUCGCAAUUUGAACCCGCCACGGCUGUGCAACGGUACGCGAUUGGUCAUUCGAAAAUUAAUGAAGAACGUCAUCGAAGCUAGCAUUUUAAAUGGAAAGUUCCGAGGUGAAAACAUAUUAAUACCACGGAUUCCUAUAAUACCUACGGAUGUGCCAAUUCAAUUAAAGCGUGUUCAGUUUCCAAUUCGAUUGGCAUUUGCCAUGACCAUCAAUAAAUCCCAAGGCCAAACGAUGUCGGUUUGUGGCUUAGAUUUAAGCACGCCAUGUUUUUCACACGGACAAUUAUACGUGGCAUGCUCUCGAGUGGGUAAACCAUCAAGUUUGUUUGUGUUAGCUAAAGAUGGGCUAACAAAAAAUAUUGUUCAUGCUGUAGCAUUAAGAGACUGAUAUUUUUUGAUAGUGUUGCCGUUCUUAUCGAAUAAUGAUACGUAUAUAUAUAUUAGAGAAAUAAAUUAUGAUGAAUGAUUAAUAAAUAUAGUGCUUGGCGUUUGUUAUUUCUAUAUUCCCUUAUCGUUCACAGCAUUACACACCUAUUUCGUGCAUAUACCACAUCCUUACACACUUAAAAUAGGUUAGUUAUUUUCUGUCGGCACUAGAAAGUACAUAGAAAUUAUUUAUAUGGCAAAACAACGUUUGCCGGGUCAGCUAGUAUUAAUA